GUUACUCUGAUGUGUACAUGAGUUGUGUCAGAUGAUAUCUCAGCGGAGGCUCACAUUUUCAUUCAUUCUGAAAGCUUCAACUGAUAGCUACAGCAGAAAAGUUGUAAAGUGGUUUCAUGAAUGAGGUAUCACGACAUCGCUUGGUACUCUCCAGCAUCAUUUUAUUCUUCGUCAGAUUUGGACGAUCUGAAGCUGAUCGCUGGAAAGCUGAGCGCGUAUUGGACCGAUCUUCUCCUCGAGCAGAAGAGCUGUUGUGAGAGAGUUUUGCAAAAGUGCACCAGCAGCAGCAUGGAUUACUUUUUAUUUCGACUCUUCUGUUCUUUAUCUUUGGCGUCGCUUCUAGUUCAAAGGGCAAACUCAAACGAGAUCCUGGGACUAAAGAUCCCCUUUGACCCUAUUCUCAAUGCCAACACGGUGUGUUUGACCCUGCCCGGCCUGACAAAGAAACAGCUGGAUGUAUGUAUGAGGCAUCCAGAUGUGACAGCCUCAGCCAUACAAGGCAUCCAGAUCGCCAUCUUUGAGUGCCAGCAUCAGUUCAGAGGACACCGCUGGAACUGCUCAAGUCUGGAGACCAGGAACAAGAUCCCCUAUGAGAGUGUUGUCUUCAGCAGGGGUUUCAGAGAAAGCGCGUUUGCAUAUGCCAUCGCAGCGGCCGGUGUGGUGCACGCCGUGUCCAACGCCUGCGCCAUGGGCAAGCUGAAGGCCUGCGGCUGUGACGAGAAACGCAGAGGGGAUGAGGAGGCAUUCAGGAUCAAACUCAAUCGUCUCCAGCUGGAGGCUAUCAACCGGGGUAAAGGCAUGGUGCACGGUGUGAUGGAACACUUUCCCGCCGACACUCUCGGCCCCCAGGACUCCUGGGAAUGGGGCGGCUGCAGUCCCAACGUAGAGUUUGGGGAACGCUUCUCCAAGGAGUUCCUAGACUCCCGUGAGACAUACAGAGACAUUCACUCCAGGAUGAGACUUCAUAACAACAAAGUUGGCAGGCAGGUUGUGGUGGACCACAUGAGGAGGAAAUGCAAAUGCCAUGGCACAUCAGGAAGCUGUCAGCUCAAGACCUGCUGGCAGGUGACUCCAGAGUUCAGAACGGUGGGCUCGCUGCUGAAGGAUCGCUUCGAUAUCGCCACGCUAAUCAAAGCCCACAACAGAAACACAGGUCAAGUGGAGCACGCCCACUCGACGCACCGACGGAGAGCCAACGCUAACGAUCUUGUCUACUUUGAGAAGUCGCCGGAUUUCUGCGAGAGGGACACUGGGUCGGACUCUGCCGGGACGCAGGGCCGGAUCUGUAACAAGACCAGCCAGGGAAUGGACAACUGUGAGAGCCUGUGCUGUGGCCGGGGCCACAACAUCUUACAGCAGACUCGCAGCGAACGCUGCAAUUGCAAGUUCCACUGGUGCUGUUACGUUGUUUGCGAGGAGUGCAGGAUAACAGAGUGGGUCAGCGUCUGCAAAUGAAAUAAGCAAUCAUCUAUUAAAUGUACAAAAACUGAAAUUAAACAUAGGGAAAGACUGAGAAAUCCCUCCCUUUUGCAAUGGACUGCCAUUUCCAUGAUUCCAAUGGAAAGCACAAAAGCGGACUGAGAUGUUUUGAGUGCUAGAGAAGUGUGCACGUGUUUGCGCACUGCAUGGGUCCAAGCACAAGAUUUCAGACUGAUUUUGGACUUGCACUGCAUAUAAUUUCAUAAGGGAUUUUUAAUUUAAAUAAAUUAAGAAUAUGGAUAUAUUUGUUGAGUAAAUUACCAACAGAGCACUCAUCGACACUACAUAGUGUUUGUUUUGUUUCAGUUUUUUAAGAAAUUAAUGGCUCCUAGUCCUGUAAUAUAGCACCACGCAGAUGCAUGGGAUUCCGGUACAUAAAGAAGAGAAAUAAAUAUAUCUAUAUAUAAAUAUAAAUACCUUUGCACAGAGCAUUUUUUCAGAAGAGUUUACCAAAUUAACUCCGAAUGAGUAUAUACAUAUACAUAAAACCACUUUAAAACUGGCAAAAGUGUAAACUGGUCUUCAUAGGCUUUUAAAGCACAGUCUGUGGAUCAGUCCUGGUGACCCGUGGAAAGAACAACACUGUUACAUGGAUCUGGGCAUUGGUUAUGGACAAAUCUCAUGAGAAAUAGAUUGUAAAAAGGAUCUGAGGAGACUAAAGGUAACAAAAGAAGCUGGACUAAACCUCUAAAGAUGCUUGUGUGUAUGUUGUUUGCCUGCAAACUGUUGGCUGCAUGUGCCUCUGUUCACUGUAACAGGAACAUAUUCACCAGAGCUUUUAAUCUCAGUCAAUAGAUAUUUAGAUAUAUGUAUAAUCACGUCCUGAUCACCACAUUGUAAUGUGGUAGCUAUAGGUCCCCUCAACUCACUCAAAUUUAUAUAAAAAUAAAACUCCAACAAGUUAUUUUAAACAUUGUCCCAUAAUGGAAGAAGAACGUUUGUUUGUUUUAAUCUGCUAAUUUUGUUCUGUUCUUUUGGUUUGCUUUGUUGUUGUUAUAUUUAUUUAUUUGUGUGACUUUUUUUCUCAUGUAAAAAUAAAUGUCAAAACAUCAAAAGUGCAUUUGUAAAAAUAUACAGAGUCAGCUGAGUUUUGAGUUGUCCGAGUUAAUUCCGGUUGACUUUUAAUUUAGUUUGAUUGUUUGCACAUUUAGACCAAUUAUUCUGGAGAAAAUGACUGACAUGUAAUACUGUGCGAGGUGAGCGUGAUAAUAUGCCUUUUUUAUUUUAAAUGAUAUAAUUUGUUUGAACAUAUAAGUUAUUUUAUUUUGUGGAUAACUUAAUAUUUGUAAAACAAUAAAGAACUUAAUUAUAAAUGGUUAAAGAAUGAUGUUGACAUUCCUGCACCUGGUCUUAAGUGUCAAUUUUUUCGAAAUUAAGAUUUAUAUAUCAUUU